UUUGCUAGCCAAGGACCGAGGAGGCGGUGGCGGCUCCAGGUCUCGGCAGGAGCGGCCCGAGAGGACAGGGGCGCCUCAGGCUCGAGGCGGCAGGGUUCCAGGCAGGCGAGGGCGCAGCGAGCGGACACCCUGGCGGGGCUGGUGGGGAUCCUAGGGAGGCGGGAGCGGGGAGAUGACCCGCGGGACCCGUGUCGUGUUACUGCUGGAGCACUGGGGUUGAGCGGGGGAGAGCGGCUGACUGUAAGGGAGUCCUCGCAGAGCGACAGAAAUGUGAAAGGGUCGCUUGGAUGAACAGAGACGUAAAGCAGCAGUGUCGAAGGGCUGAGGAGGGUUGGUUGGCUUUUCCUUGAGACGGGGUGUUUGAAUGCAUCGAUGUGUACAGUUUUCCCGCGCAGGUCCUUGAGUCGGGGGAAUCGUGGGCGAGCACUGGCGCGCCCGGCGGAAACAGGUUGAAACUCUGGAGCUUUGUGUGGAGGAUUUCUAGGGAUUUCUGGCUUAGUAAGGGCCCCUAAAUUAGCCCAGAGGUGACUUCCUGCUGCUUCAGGAAUGUGGAGCCUUCUCCGAGGCGGGUACCCUUCCCGGGUCUUGCUGCAGCUGCGAGGGGAGUGGAUGGGCCGCAGGGGCCUGCCCCGAAGCUUAGCCCCAGGCCCUCCGCGGAGACGGUACCGGAAGGAGGUUCUCUCGGCCUUGGAGGCCACGGUGUUGCCUGUAACGACAGCCGAAAUUCGCCAGUAUCUGCGGACACGCGGGAUCCCCUUCCAGGAUGGCCACAGCUGCCUAAGGGCCCCGAGCCCCUUUGUGGAGUCCUCACAGGGCAAGGAUCUCACCAGAACUAGCACAUCUUUCAGCCUCUUCAUUGACAAGACCACAGGCCGCUUUCUCUGCAUGACCAGCCUAGCAGAGGGGAGCUGGGAAGACUUUCAGGCCAGUGUGGAGGGGCGAGGGGAUGGAGUAAAAGAGGGAGUCCUGCUUAGUGAGGCUCCAGAAACUGAGGGCAGCGAGGAGAUCCGGAGGAUUUGGGACAGAGCGGUACCUCUCUGGGAGCUGCCUGAUGCAGAGGAGGCCCAGCUGGCUCGAGUAAUGUUUAGCCUAACCAGAGUGACAGAUGACACCCUGAAGCGGUUCAGCGUGCAGUACCUGCGGCCUGCCCGCAGCCUUGUCUUCCCCUGGUUCUCCUCUCAGGGCUCAGGAUUACGAGGCCUGAAGCUGCUAGGAGCUGAAGGCCAGGGGGAUGUUGUGCACUAUGUGGAGACCACCAUUCCCCGCCCUGGUGCCUACCACAACCUGUUUGGGUUACCACUGAUUAGCCGGCGAGAUGUCGAGGUGGUCUUGACCAGUCGUGAGCUGGACAGCCUGGCCUUAAGCCAGGCCACAGGGCUUCCCACUCUUGCCCUGCCCCGAGGAACGCUCUCCUUACCCCCUGCCUUGCUCCCAUACCUUGAACAGUUCCGCCGUAUUAUAUUAUGGCUAGGCGAUGACCUCCGGUCUUGGGAAGCUGCCAAGUUGUUUGCCCGAAAACUGAACCCCAAACGAUGCUUCUUGGUGCGCCCUGGAGACCAACAACCUCGUCCCCUGGAGGCCCUGAACCAAGGCUUGAAUCUGUCACGUAUUCUUCGUACUGCCCUGCCUGCCUGGCACAAGUCAAUUGUGUCUUUCCGGCAGCUCCGGGAAGAGGUGCUAGGAGAACUCUCAAAUGUGGAGCAAGCAGCUGGCAUCCGCUGGAGCCGCUUCCCAGACCUCAAUCGUCUCUUGAAGGGGCAUCGGAAAGGCGAGCUGACAGUCUUUACAGGGCCGACAGGCAGUGGGAAGACGACAUUUAUCAGCGAGUAUGCCCUGGAUUUAUGUACCCAGGGCGUGAACACACUGUGGGGUAGCUUUGAGAUCAGCAAUGUGAGACUAGCCCGGGUCAUGCUGACCCAGUUUGCUGUGGGGAGGCUAGAAGAGCAACUGGACAAAUAUGAUGAGUGGGCUGACCGGUUUGAGGACCUUCCCCUCUAUUUCAUGACUUUCCACGGGCAGCAGAGCAUCAGGUCUGUAAUAGACACAAUGCACCAUGCUGUCUACGUCUAUGAUGUUUGCCAUGUGGUCAUUGACAACUUGCAGUUCAUGAUGGGUCACGAGCAACUGUCCACAGACAGGAUUGCAGCUCAAGACUACAUUGUUGGGGCCUUUCGGAAGUUUGCAACAGACAGUAACUGCCAUGUGACCCUGGUCAUUCACCCCCGGAAGGAGGAUGAUGACAAGGAACUGCAGACAGCAUCCAUUUUUGGCUCAGCUAAGGCAAGCCAAGAAGCAGACAAUGUCCUGAUCCUGCAGGACAGGAAGCUGGUAACUGGGCCAGGGAAACGGUAUCUGCAGGUGUCCAAGAACCGCUUUGAUGGAGACAUAGGUGUCUUUCCACUUGAGUUCAAUAAGAGCUCCCUCACUUUCUCCAUCCCACCAAAGAACAAGGCUCGGCUCAAGAAGAUCAAGGAUGACAAUGGACUAGUGGUCAAAAAGUCCUCUUCUCGCAAAAAGGGGGCUGUGCCCCAGAACUCUGAGACCUGCUCAGACCUUUGAGCCCAUCCCUUACUAGCCAGGCAACUCUAAGCCUACAAGGUACAAGCAGUCCAGAGCUGACCCCUGGAAUGUGCUUCAUGGAACAGGCUGGAACGUGGACUCUUUCUUGUCAUCUCUGCCAAAAUUCUAAGCAGUGGCUCCUUCUCAAACUGGGGCAAGGCUCCAUAGGAAAAUCAGCCUAGCAGCUGUUUAAGGACUUUAUGAUGUGAUCAGAUUUGUCCAAGGUCCUGUAUGUGCAGCACUGGAAAGACACACAAAACUGAAAAGUCUGUAAGGAAAACACACGUGGUACAGUGUGCAUGGGCUGUUUUAGGUCUAAAGAACAGCAGGAGUGUGAGUUGGGGCCUCAGGCACUGGAGUAGAAGGUUCUGUCGGUGUCUGGAGAAGGGGAUGUGGCCCAGAGCGGGGAUGAGCACAGCAGAUUCAAGGCUCUGGGUGGGUCAAGGGUGCUCUGGCACCCUGAGCCCAGAGUGUAACCAGUCACUUUGGUAUGAGUCCAGCCAUUAGGCUUUUGGUGACAUGAGUAUGGGGCAUCUCUGCUGUCCACUGGAGAGCCAGGCACAAGGUGGUAGCUGCUAGAAUUGGAUUCUGAGUACUUAGCCAGUAACGUCAGGCCUCUGUUGGAAGUGUCCUCCCAUUGGGUGCUUAGCUAUAGAGCCAUGGAGGAUGCUGGAGCCCUGCCUGUGGACACUGGUCCAUUGCCUCAAGGAGCUAGAGGUAGGAUUUGUAGACUUGCAGUUUUCAUGAAAAAGUUUUUCCAUUGCC